CAGUGCGGAAACUGCCGGCCAUAAAAGUCUCGGAGUGUUUCCAAUCUGUCAGCCGAUGCUGCCGCGGAGUCGGGCGGGGCGCAGUCGAACCGAUGGAAGACGCCGCCACUGGAGCGCCCCUUCGACCUUCCGCUUUCCUCUAACUGCUUCCUCGCAGCGAAGGGAGUGCCACGGACACGGAACGAUUCCCGAGGAAGAGUCUUGUUCCCCGCUGAGAGGAUGUCGCGGAUUCCGGAUUCACUGCCGCGUUAAAGCACCUUCAAUGCCGCGAAGGAGAAAGAAGUCAUCUAGAUGGAGGAGACGCAAGAAGCAACGAAAGGGUUCAUCAUCUCUGCAGAAAACCUUCUUAUCUUCCCUUCGGAGUAAUCACGAGUCCCAGCAAUGUGUUCAUGAAGUUCGUCGAUAAAAAUGGCAGGAAAUCCGAGGAACCUCGUCGCAAAGUCGAGAGGAGCGGACAACGCGUCUAAGGGCUGUGGCGGAGGGCACAAAGGGCGGAAAAGCUCAGCUUUUAAAGGUACACCAGGAGGAGCGAGCCGAGUCGUCUGAUAGGAGAUUGGCGCCGAGAACGAAGGUUACGACAUGGAAUCGAGGGAGAAUGUUUGAAGCCCAAAGGGAAGACGACGGCGAAAGAACCGAGCCUUCCUCGAGGAGUUCCGAACGGAGCUUAUGCCGAACUCGAGGGUGGAAAACCUCCCACGAGUUUCAGAUAUUUAAAUCCUCGCGAACGACUUCGUCGCUACACGAGGCUCCUUCGAGAUUUCCGGAAUGGCGGUUCCCUGCGAGCGAGAUCCUGCAACUAGGUAAGGAUCUCAUGUCCAGGAGUCGACAUUUCUAUUUUUCAUCAUCCAGAUCAAGAUCAUCCUACUCUUCUUCUUGAGGAAGAAAUUAAAUUUCUAGGAAAUAUUGCAAGCUUCUUUGGGGGGAAAAAAAAAAAAAUUUCAUCCCAAGGAUGCGGAAAUAUCGGAGAUUUUCAAGGGCGCCUAAAUGGUCGGGGUCCUUGGUACUUAGGAUAUUUUCAUAAAUUUUCUUUCUCCAGCUUUCAAGGGCAAUAACCGUUCCGGAGAUCCUGAGGGAGGUUCUUGUACAUUCUGUAUUUAUUAUCCUGCUUUUCCCUUGUCGGUUUCGAGUUCCUGCCGACCGUGGGAGUCGUUUGAAGAGUCAGGUCGCCGAGCAAAAUCGUAAUAUGGCGGAGGAACGUGCUUCCUGGAUUUACUUCCGGUUAAUAUUGCCCCCGUAAUAUUUCGAGGUAUAAGACGCACUGCUCUCGGGCUGUACGUUUUAAUAUGAGGAACGAUUAAUCACAUCGUCCUCCUCUUUCGUCUUUGACUCCAGUUCGGCGACUGGAUUUGAUUCAUUAUUCUCGUCCAGUCCUGGGAGACGAACUCCUCGAGGACGAAUAUUCUUCUCGAGUAAUAAUUAAGUGCCGCCUUAGAAAGGAAACACUCUUUACCAGAGUAAACGGUUAAAUGCCGGUGGAAGUAGGUUUUGAGUGGAUAUUCACAGGGAUGGAAUAGAGGGACCUAAUUUACUUGGACAUAACUUCCCUCAAAGUGACCAGCUAUAAAAUAUUGAAAAUCUUUCAUUAACAGGAUAUAUUUGCCCUCACAAAUUAAUAACUGCAUCUCGUUAUUAGAAUCGACCCAACAUUAAUACGUAUAUAUUUUCUGUUUCAGAUCUUCGUGAGAAAUCUUGAAACUUUUACUUCCGAUAUUAUUUUCUUUUUUACUGACAGACUUUAUUUGCGGGAUUUUCAGUCGCGUAAAACGAAUCCACGUGGAACGGAUACUCCUAAAUUGAGGGACGGGUGUACUUAUUAACUAAUAGUUACAUCCCUUUUAGGGACAGAACUAUAGAUAUUAAAAAUAACUUCACAAAUCGCAACUGUACAAAGUUUAGUUCAGUAUCAUCUUUCUUUUAGGGAGUGACACCUACUUGACAGCUCGUCCAGUGGCCACGUUAAAUGCCAUUUUUUUUUUAAAGUACAUCCCCGAUAUAAAUACUCCCGUUAAGCCGGGCAAUCGUGUUUCGUUUUCGGGGGCACCCCCUUAGGUUGAUCCAUAAACAAAUAGCCAAGUUGGUUAAUCUAAUUAAAAAGUUUGCCGUCGAGGUACUCGGUGCGAAUCGCAAUUGGCGAGGCACCCCGGCUGACGAGAUGACCUCCCCCGUGGAUCCUCGAAGGGGCACAAAGGUUGAGAAAGAGAGGGUGCGAGGGAA